AUGGACGUGCAGAAGCAGGUGGUCAGCAGGCUGCGGGCAGCGUUCCAGGCCGGCGUCACUGCGCCGGAGGAGUUUCGGCGGGCACAGCUGACCCAGCUGGGGUCUAUGAUCCGAGACAACGAGGAGCAGAUUGUGGCGGCGCUGCACAGAGACCUGGGAAAGCCCAAGUUUGAGGCCAUCCUCUCUGAGGUGGACAUAGUGAUGAACGAGCUGCACCACGCCAUCUCCAACAUGUCGGGCUGGAUGCAGCCCGAGUACGUGCCCAAAAACCUGGCAACAAAGCUGGAUGACUGUUUUGUCCAGAGGGAACCUUUAGGGGUGGUUCUGAUCAUUGGGCCGUGGAAUUACCCUCUGCAGCUUCUCAUUGCCCCCAUGGUUGGAGCCAUCGCUGCAGGAAACUGUGUGGUCCUCAAGCCCUCAGAGAUCAGCUCUGCCACAGACAGUCUAGUAAGCUGUGCCUGGUGGCAGGGACUAAGAGCAGGAGCCUCUCCCCCAGGAGAGAGGCUGGAGCUCAGCAACAGGCUGUUUAGUGCAUUAGAAGGGUCUUUCCAGAGCUGCUGCUCAUUUAAAGAACCCAAAAGUUGGAGUCUGGGUGUUUGGUCAGAGACAUCAGAGCUGGCCUCGCUCAACCAGAGUCCUGCCUCCACAGGACUGCUACGCAGUGGUAGGAGCCUGGGCCUGAUCCUGAUCCUGAUCCCGGAUCUGGGCCUUAUCUUCGACCUGGGCCUGGAUCUGGGUCCG